UAGCCGCCGCCCAUUAAUUACGCUCCGUGCGGCUUAGACCACACCAAGGCCAGAAAAUGGUGCUACUUCUCCUCCUAAUAAGCGUUGGCGGGUUUACUGGAACCUUUGGGGACGGAGAAAGGACAUCAGGUUUUUUCGUCGAACAGCCAGAGAGAACUACAGUCAAUCAAUUCGAAACUGCCACUUUCAGAUGCUCGGUAGUAAACUCUUCCUUCAGUAUAUUCUGGCUGGUCAACAACUCUGAUGCUGCCUUCACUAAGUUUCGAGAGAAAGGGUUCUCCAUCAAAGAAGACCCCAACACUCACACCAGAUCACAACUGAAAGUGGCUGGAAUCAUGAACAACAACAACACACAGGUUCACUGCGCAGCCCUCCAGGAGCACAGAGACCCUCAACUGACCUGGAUCGAGUCUCAGACGGCACUGCUUGUUGUGCAAGAUAUACUGGGAGUAAGCACAUCAUCUCUUUCACUGGAGCCCAGUGCUGUCGCCACCGCUCUACCAUCUCAACUACCUCUAACAGGUUCAUCAAACCCUCAUUUUACUGAGAUCUCUUACACUCCUCUCUUUCUACAGAUAAGUCUUGGAAAGAGGAUAGGGUAUUCAUACUAAUCAUGGCUGGCGUAGCUGUGGUGUUCCUAGUGUUCAUACUUCUGUCCUGCAUAGUCCUUGCAUCUGUGAUUGUUCUUUUCAGAAGGCAUGGUUGUAAGAAAGGUGGAUGCUGUUACUUUCUACUUUUACUUGGUUAACUUAUUCAUUUUUUGGCAGGUACGAAGGGAAAAAAGCAGGCAAAUCUUGAAAUGACACCUCAAAGCGAACAAUAGCGUAUUUAAUGUGUCAUAAACAGUGCAUAACUAUUUUUAUAUUUUCUCUCAAGUGUGUUUAGAAAAUGACU